AUGUGGCCACAUAAGUCAGGUCUAGGCGUACGACUAGGCUACGGAGUAUUUGGAAAUCCAAACGUUGAAGUAGAAUCAGUGACAAACACAGAUACACUCUCAAAUGAUGGGUUGCAACCAAAGAUCAAUUUCCCUCGAAAGGAAGGUGAUGCAGAGGAGAGUAAAUAUUUAUGUGAAGUAUCGUAUAAGGAUCUUAUAAAGAAGCCGCUAAACCAUUCUGUGGGUGAAGUCUAUAAAUCAGAAGACACCAGUACUUCAUUUAGGUCCGAUGAGGGAUACUUUGCCACAGAUAGCGUGCCUUAUAAAAUCAUAUCUUCUUUUGGAUUGGAAACUAAAGCAAUGGAUUCAGACGUGGCAUACGAUCCCUGUUUUGGAGAUAUUGUUCAAACAUUUCAAAUUAAACCAAAAUCGCAAGAUGCAUUAGUUCAUGGACUCAUUCACGUCACAGGUGAAGCACUUUCGGUUCUAAGUCUAUCGAUUAGAUUACAGGAUGGUGUUUCAAUAAAACUAUCGCAUCCAUAUGAAGUGGAUUUUCUAGAUCAGAUACGACAGGUUGAAGUUGGUGAAAAUGAAGCCCACGAUCGGCUAAUUAUCCUUGUGAGAACGCGUGUUAAGGUUUAUGCAACUACUUGCAAAUUGGAAAACUACUCCACCAAUUCGAAAUCUGCUCCUGAUUUCAAAUUAUCAAUUAUUAAGGAGAUUGCCUCACAGAAAUUGGAUCAAUCGACGUUUGCCAAUGUGGCUGUGUGUGCUUCAGAUGUUCGCAAAUUUGCCAUGAUUGAUGUCAAUGGUAACCUAACAGCAUGGUUGAUUAACAAAAAGUAUGAUAAAGUGCUGCGAAUGGGUGACCAUGAUGUGCAAAUACCCAUAGCCGAUGCUAGCAAUUUAUCUCAUUGGUUACGACUCACUUGGUUGCUGAAUCUCAACAGCAUCCUCUUGUCAACAAGAACUAAAAUAUUUCAAUAUGAUUUCGUUUCGAUGACUCAGAAAGUGCUAGUUACUUCAAAUACGUGGUCGCGAAUAAGAGAUGUACAAUGUGUGGGAGACAUGAUAUUUUCCCUAACAUCAAAAGAGUUGAUUUGGCUACAACGACGUGGAACAGAGAUUGAGAGACUACUAUCUUGGCGCCACUUUCUCAAUGACAAUGAUCCAUCGCUUAAAUUUUCGGUGCUUACUAGACACAAUUCAUAUUUGGUGUUUUUGUAUUCGCAAGCUAACCCAUUGGUGUUGGUUUACACUUUGGGGUUUGACCAUGGAAGACCAAGUAGCUUGAGAGAUCCUUAUAUAGUGCAAAGAUCGAAUGCGGUGGAUUUGAAACAAUUGGUACCAUUGGCCAUGGACGAUGCAGACAAUAUAAUUGUGAUCGAGUUAUCAUCGAGUUUGCAUUUACGACAACGACGUCUAGAGUUUAAGCCAUUAGCACAACCUCCCAGUACAUUAGAAGGGUGUAGCUAUUCUGGAGAAAAUACAACAAAGAACCACAAACACAAGCAUAACCAUUUGAAAAAACUUCAUGCAGUUCUUGUACAAAGUGUCUUGAAAGAAGAAGAUCAGGGAGAACUGGUUGCGGCAAUUCAAAAAUACGCUUCAUUGCUAGAUGCGACCUUUGAAACCAAUGCUGAGAAACAAAAGUUUUCUUUAGGAAAUUAUCGAUCUUUAUUAGAAAUUGAUUAUCGUGUUCCGCUAGGAAUUCUGGACUUGGCUGAGCUCGACGAUAUGAUUGCCGAAUUUGAAAAUAGUCCGCUUACAGAGGAUUUAAGUAUACGAAGCUUCAUCAAUACUGCAAUAAUACAAAGAAAUGGGUUUUUGGAUAUACCAGAUGCCCAAACACACAUCUUCAACAUACACGCGUUGCUAGAGCAAAUAUUUGCGAAAUGUAACGUUGCUGGAUCCAUAACAAACACUUCAAUCUUGUUAGGCUUAUCGCUCAUAAAAUGUCAAGCUCAACAAAAUCAAUUUCAAUCUAAAUACGAAGCACAAAAGGCAGCAUCUCCCGCUUAUGUCCAAGAAAUACUUGAUGAAUGGGACACACCUGCUGCAUCACAACCAGUUGAACAGCAACCCAGUUCGCAACUAUUUGAUGCAUCCCAAACUGUUCCUUUGUUAAAAUCCAGCCAAAUUGAACCAAUGGCGCCACCAAGACUAUCGCAAAGCUCCCAUUCACAAUUCGGUGGUUCAUCCAACUUUGUUAAAGGCUCUGGACAUAGUCAACCUGCAUCACAACAUAGAUCGCAGUCGCGUUUGGGAGACACUUUGCGAAUUUCGUCCCAACUUAGUAUUCUUGAAUUGCGGGAUGGAUGUCCUGAUAAGGUGUCCAGUGUUAAAGUCAUAACAAGAAGCAUAAAACCUAGUGGGAGGUACAUGAAGACAUUUACAGAACUUGCUGCUAGUGAAUUUGCAAUCAAACAUGACAUACCGAUCUUACGAGCCGACUCGUCUAAAGAUAUUCUUGCAUUGACAAGUAGUAACAAUUUCAAUUUAACUAUAGCUGUGUCUUAUGGUAAACUUAUACCGGCUGCAUUCUUAAGCAGUUGCAAAUAUGGCGGGCUAAAUGUUCAUCCAUCAUUACUACCAAGAUAUUCAGGUUCAUCUCCUAUACAAUAUGCCUUGCUCAAUGAUGACAAAACAACUGGAGUCACAGUGCAAUCGUUACAUCCCACCAAAUUUGAUCACGGAAGUAUCAUAGCCCAAUCCAAUGACAUUAAAAUAAAUGAUACUGACGAUUAUGACAGCUUAUCCGAUAGACUAGCUCAAGAAGGAGGUUCGCUUCUACAGGGUGUUAUUGACAGGGGACUCUUUUUAAACACUAGUUUGCCAAAUACCUAUGAGCGGUCAUUGGCCCCAAAAAUUGAUAAAUCUAAAAGUCAAGCACUAUGGAGCAUUUACACAAGCAGGCAGAUUAAAAGGUUAUAUGACGCUUUGGGUCCUGUUUAUACAUUUCUAAAUACAAAAACUAAGAAAAAGGGACAAGUUGUGGAGGAAAAGAAACGGGUUAUUUUGGGUUCUGUGACAGACUUGAUCAGUCCACCCAUGAGUGCUGAACUGCAUCAUCUACAGCAGCCUGGUGAUUUCAUUCUACUAAAAGAAGGGUUAUGUGUCAAGUGCAAAAAGGGAUAUGUUUUGGUGCAAAAGAUCAAGUUACAAACAAGAGGUGAUGAAUCACCCGAGAAAUUUAUCGGUUCCUACCACAAGACAGUGGGUGAUAUGCCCCAACAUUUUAUAAGCUGA